AGUGAUGGUUACUCGUUGGCCUGAGAGGUUUAGUGUGUUCAAAUUUGGUGUCAAUUCGCCCAUUGGGUUUUGAGUUAUGUUACUCCCACAAACGAACACUACAUUUUUAUUUAUAUAGAUAUAUAUAUAAGGGAUGCUCAACCUGUAAUCGCUUUUUGCUGCGGGAUUAUCUGUGCCACGGAUGGAGGAGGGGAUGUUCGGUGCAGGAUUAAUGGGAGCUACUCAAUCUCAUCCAUGUGCUUCUUUCUCUUUUUUCCCCUUCCUUGGCUUUGAGAAGGAAAGAUUUCUUUCUUGUGUGUAUGCAGGGUAUGUAUUUGGGCACCCCAAAGUACUUGGAGUGGAACUAGCCAAAGCCAUGGUGGGAUGAUGGAGAGGAGUCUGCCCUAAACCCCCAUGUCUUUCGAAGGAAGGAGCAAAACAGCCAGGGAGGAGGAAUCCAAGGGUUCGGAUCCACCAUGCGCUUUGAGGCCUUAGGAAUUAUUUCAUUCCUCCUCCUUCUCUUUGCAUCUGAAUCUCUCUGGGGCGAAGAAUUGGAAGCACAUUCAGAUACUUACUGGUCAGGAACGGCUCCUAUCUGCCUUGGAGGCUGCAAAGGGAAGCACAAAGAAUUGAAAAAGAGCCAAUGUGGAAAUGGAAGUUGCUGCUGGUUGGGAUAUAAAUCCUUUUGCCGAGUGAACUGUGGCCGACCGGAAGCAGAGUUCAAUUCGGUGGUCUAUGGCAAUGACUGGUGGGUGGGAUCUGUAGUGCGCUACCGCUGCCGGGCAGGGUUCCUGCUGGUGGGUGACCCGGCCAGCGCCUGCCAGUCCAGCGGGCACUGGACCCCCAAGCCAACUUGCCUUCGGAUCUGCCUCCGAGGCCGGAUCGAGAUCAACGAGCGGGACAUUGAUGGGAGCUGCUCCUCCACCUGCCCCAAGAAGGCCCACCUGGGGGCCCUCCUCAACCACGGCUGCAUCAAGAUCUCCGCCUGCGUCACCAAGCAAUCCGGCUGGACUCGGUGGUUCUCCCGCUGUGACUUCUGCGAGUGCGACUGCUACGUCCCGUGCUCUUCAUCGAUCUAACAUCCAUCUAGAUGGAAUUCUGAUAUUGUGAUAUGACGACUUCCCGCUGCCAAAGGAAUUGCGAUAUUGUGAUAUGCCGACUUCUAGGUAAGUGUUAGAGAUGUACCCAUUCCAACGAAUGAAAAAUCCAAAAUCCAAAAACCAGUAGAGUCUCUUUAUCUGGAGGUUUUAAAGCAGAAGCAGGAUGGCCAUCAGUCAGGAGGGCUUCAAUUGUGGAUUACUUCAUGGCAAAAUGGGGGUUGGACUGGAUGGCCUUUGGGGGUUCCCUUCCAAUUCUAAGAUUCUGUGAUGUUUCAGAAAAUCCCAAUGUAGCUGAAGUAUUCAGCUGUUGAGAGCCAUAGCUCAAGGUUGUUGUUGUUGUUGUUGUUGUUGUCACUGUUAGGAUAGAGCUCUUGAUUGACAUGGAGAAGGUCCAGGUUUAAUCUCCAAUUGUUGUUGUUGUUAGGACAGAGCUCUUGAUUGACAUACAGAAGGUCCAGGUUUAGUCCCCAAUUGUUGUUUUUGUUGUUGUUGUUGUUGUUGUUCUUGUUGUUGUUGUUGUUUUUAUUGUUAGGACAGAGCUCUUGAUUGACAUGCAGAAGGUUCAGGUUU